AUGCGCCUUCUGGCCACAAUUCUCGGACUCGCCAUACUCUUUGAAGUCGUCGAAUCCAGAAAAGCCGUCUACCGACGUAACUCACGACAUCUGAAGCGAUUAAGCCGAAAUUAUGACUGGGAACUCGAUGAGCGAGGAGGCCUACGCCCUAUCACCGACCCCACCAAAGUCAUACGAUCAACCCGUCAAUGCACUAAUGAUAGUCAUAUCUUGAAAACGUUACUUGAUAAAGAUGUCUAUAAUCAGCACAAAAUCCCGGGUGGAAAGGUGUUCGUCACGGUGGAGGUUUGGGUCCAAGAAAUCACCACAAUCUCCGAUAUCACGUCAGAUUUCCAACUUGACAUCUACAUCUCAGAAAUGUGGACAGAUCCAGCCCUCUACUUUGAAGACAUGAACCCCUGCAAACAGAACUUGUCCCUCAAUGGCAAAAAAUUGGGCGACCUCUGGACCCCGAAUUCUUGUUUUAUCAACUCAAAAACGGCCGAUAUCCACAAGUCACCCUUUGACAAUAUUUUCCUGUUGAUAUAUUCGAAUGGCUCAGUAUGGACCAAUUAUCGCCUUAAACUGCAAGGACCAUGUCAAAUGGAUUUGACACGAUUCCCGUUCGACAACGUCACAUGCUCACUUACUUUUGAAAGCUUCAAUUAUAACACAGACGAGGUAGAGAUGAAUUGGAGUGCCACCGGAGUCUCAAAAAUGAGGGAUAAAAUUGAGCUUGCCGACUAUGAGUUAACGGAUAUAUUAUUUGUUAGGAAUACAGAGGUCUACCCAGCUGGAUUCUGGCACGAAUUGACGAUGAUGUUCCAAUUUAAGCGGCGAGCUGGCUGGUAUAUCUUGCAAGCCUAUCUACCCACCUAUCUUACCAUAUGUAUUUCAUGGAUCUCAUUCGCCCUCGGCUCGAAGGCCAUCCCCGCACGAACAAUGCUUGGUGUCAAUUCAUUGCUAGCCAUGACUUUCCAAUUCGGAAAUAUCAUCAGGAAUCUCCCCAGAGUAUCUUACGUCAAGGCUAUUGAUGUCUGGAUGCUCUCAUGUAUGACAUUUGUGUUUUGCUCAUUGCUAGAGUUGGCCUGGGUUGGGUAUUUGUCACGGGAUGAGGAAGCGCCACCACCCAAAUCAUCAUCGGUAGAAUGCCCAUCAGCUGCUCCACCAACAUAUAGAGAACAACCAUCAACACCCGUCCAUCUAACAUCAGCCACAACCACGUUCCAACGUAAGAAGCAGAAAGCUAGUGAAGAAGAAGCCCUCCUUCACAAUGAUUAUGGCUAUAUACCACCUGGUUUCGGGUUAAAUGGAACGCUAGCCCGAGCAAUGAGCCGAACAUUCAGCACAAGUUGUGCGUGUGAAAGCCGAGAAACACAACCGCUGAAUGUCGACUUUGAUCGCCACAUGGAGGAGAAUCGUGGGGAUCGGGUCCCAUCUUUGAUGAUAGAGCCUGGCCGACCAUCAAAACGCCAACAACGCGAUCAACUAGCCCUAAAAAUUGAUAAAUUCUCGGCGAUGGGCUUCCCAUUUUUAUUCGCGAUUUUCAACAUUGUUUAUUGGUGGUACUACGUGCUCAAGGACUGGAAUAUUGAAGAAAAGAAAGACGGAAGC